AUGACAGGCCAUGAUCACGAGGCCGGGCCAUCGCAUCGACGCACUCCUUCCAUCACCAUGAGCACUAGCCCGCAAGAGCCAUGGAGGCUCUAUGUCGAACCUGGAAGACGAUCGGUAUCUCUUAGCUCCUCUCCGUCAUACCAACAUUCGUUCGGGCCCAAUUCUGAAAACGAGCCCAAUAACCAACCUCCAGCAUUCAUACCUCUCCAAAGAUCCAACUCUCACCAUUCUUUUGGCAGCCCAACACCCGUUUUCCAAAGUCGGUUUAACCCGGCUAACCUUUUACCUGCACCAGUGGGUUUUAACCCACUUGGACCAGGAGAUCACUUUUCUGAGGAAAACGACAUGGAUGAAGACACCGAUCCCGUGGAACCUGCAUCGGGAACCCCGAAUCACCCAAUUGAAAUAUCAGAUGGGUCAUCCUUUCAUGGAUCACCGCAUCGAGGACCGGACAGUUUCAUGGAGAGAUUCAAUCAGCAUGAUUGGUAUUUUACCCCGUCUGAGCACUCGCAUCAUGAUCAGCAACAGGAUCCUUCAGUGGGUCAACAGUUUGUGGCAGCUACGCCACCGCCACCACCGCCAGUAGAGCCGCAGCAACCGCCUCCAGAACCACCGAGGCGAAGAAGGUCAACCGCACGAAUGUCCGUGCGAGGUGGAGUUCGGAUUGCUACUCCCCAGCCAUCAAGUGGCAGCCACUACCCGCCACUUCAGGAGGAUGAGGACCCAUAUAAUGGUGGUCCGUCAAGCCCUCUUCCAGAGGUUAACUCAGUACCUAUGGUACCACCUUUGGGUUUCGAUAACCCGAUUCCUACAUAUGCUGGGUCAGCAACAUACAACCCAUUUGAGCAGCCGGCGCACACUCACUACAACUACAACUAUGGAUAUGCAGAUGUAGAUCCAUAUCAGGUAGCUCGGGAUUACAAUGUUCUACAUCCUGAAGGACCAUACGGAGGGCCUUGGACUACUGGUUACCCGACUUAUGGGUACCAGCAUCAGCCACCUCCUCCGCCGGUGUAUCAGCCGCCUCAACCACCGAUUCAGCAGGAAGUCCUUGAGAGGCUAAGCCAAGUUGAACAAGAAGUUCGUGAAGACCGCAAAGAGCGGCAAGGAUUUUUCAAGGGGCUGUCAGACUUGCUUAAAGGGAAGUCAAAGCGAAGGGGUCAUUGA